GGAUGAGUCUGGUUGGGGAGGCUUCUCAGAAGUGACACCAGCACAGACUUAGGGUGGUCCCCGGUGGAAGGGUGCCCAGGGAAGACACCUCACAGUGAGGCCUAAGACUUGGUCAGGAGGGUGCCCUCCAUGGGGCAAGCCUCUCCCUGGUGGUUGCCGGAGCCAUGCUGUCCCGGAAAGGCAUCAUCCCUGAGGAGUAUGUUCUGACACGGCUAGCAGAGGACCCUGCAGAGCCCCGGUACCGCGCCCGGGAGCGGAGGGCCCGCUUCGUGUCCAAGAACGGCAAUUGCAACGUAGCCCACAAGAACAUCAGGGAGCAGGGCCGAUUCCUGCAGGACGUGUUCACCACACUGGUGGACCUCAAGUGGCCACACACGCUGCUCAUCUUCACCAUGUCCUUCCUGUGCAGCUGGCUGCUCUUUGCCAUGGCCUGGUGGCUUAUCGCCUUCGCUCAUGGAGACCUAGCCCCUGGCGAGGGCACUGCUGUGCCCUGUGUCACCAGCAUCCACUCUUUUUCAUCUGCCUUCCUUUUCUCCAUUGAGGUCCAGGUGACCAUUGGUUUUGGUGGACGCAUGGUGACUGAGGAGUGCCCGCUGGCCAUCCUGAUCCUCAUUGUGCAGAACAUCGUGGGGCUCAUGAUCAAUGCCAUCAUGCUGGGCUGCAUCUUCAUGAAGACCGCCCAGGCCCACCGGCGGGCCGAGACCCUCAUCUUCAGCAAGCAUGCUGUCAUCGCCGUGCGCCACGGCCGUCUCUGCUUCAUGCUGCGCGUGGGUGACCUCCGCAAGAGCAUGAUCAUCAGCGCCACCAUCCACAUGCAGGUGGUGCGCAAGACCACGAGCCCCGAGGGUGAAGUGGUGCCCCUCCACCAGGUGGACAUCCCCAUGGAGAAUGGUGUGGGUGGCAACAGCAUCUUCCUGGUGGCUCCUCUCAUCAUCUACCAUGUCAUUGAUGCCAACAGUCCCCUCUACGACCUGGCACCCAAUGACCUACAUCACCAUCAAGACCUCGAGAUCAUUGUCAUUCUGGAAGGUGUGGUGGAAACCACAGGCAUCACCACCCAGGCCCGCACCUCCUACCUGGCUGACGAGAUCCUCUGGGGCCAGCGCUUCGUACCCAUUGUGACGGAGGAGGAUGGCCGCUACUCCGUGGACUACUCCAAAUUCGGCAACACCAUCAAAGUGCCGACACCACUCUGCACCGCUCGCCAGCUUGACGAGGACCGCACCCUGCUGGAUGCCCUGACCCUCACCUCGGCCCGCGGCCCCCUGCGCAAGCGCAGUGUGGCUGUGGCCAAGGCCAAACCCAAAUUUAGCAUCUCUCCGGAUUCCCUGUCCUGAGCCAUGGUCGCUUGGGCCCCCACACUGUAUGUGUGCACAGGGGCAGUGUAGUAUGGUAUGUAGAAUGGACAUGGUAUGGGCCCCCUGGCCAGGCCAGGAUCUGGUGUGAGGCUGGGCCCUCUUUAGCUCAGCCUCCCCUCCUGCUGUUAGCCCAUGGUGUUACAAGGCCCUUGUCACUACGCUAUUUCUGGCCUCAGCAGGAGACUGUACUGGGUUAUUUUUGUCUCUGCUCCUCCCAGCCCCAGCUCAGGACUGGUUCACCCCCACUCCCUGCCCUCUCCCCAGACUGGGGAAGCUGUCGGGAGUGUUGGACCCUAAAGUUGGGUCUCUGAACUGACCUGCAUCCCCAUGAUCAAUUAACCACAAGCUGGGCAGGUGGCUGGGGAAGAACAGUCCCCGGGUUGGCAACCUGCGGCUCUGUUUCUGCGGCCCCAAGAGAUGACUGGCCACUCUUGUUCCCUGAAAAAGUGAAGGCUUAAUGGGUGGGCCCUGACAGCUGGAGAGGGCAGUCAGUGAAGGAGCACAUUCCAGCUGGAGGGUGGGAGGUGUGGAACCUGCAGAUAGGGGAAGGCUGAGGCUGACAGGGCUCCCCUCCCGGGGGACAGAUCAGGCAGGGAGGAAAUGGGGUGAAGACACUCAGCUAUGCUGAGCCCUGCUCAGGCACAGGGAAGAGGAGAUGGGCCCCUGUGCCUCGCCCUUUGCCCUGACACCAAGGCUUCAAUGGUGAGGGGCCUGGGUUCCUGCCCACUCCCAUUCUGCCCCUGCCCUGGGAGGCUGAGGUGGGCUGGAGCAGACUUUGGCAUGCCAAGCAGAAAGAGGCUGAAGAGAGGGGGUUCUGGGCCCGCCAUACAGAUUGAACUCUGGUCCUGGCUCCCCAUGAGUGGCUACCACUCACCUUGUCUGCCAGAGGGUGGCUGUGGAGGGUCUUUGCGUUGGAAAAGGAGAUAUUGGGGAGCUCCGGAUGGUGGGGUGAUCGAGGUUGCUGAGGCAAAGAGGUCCUGGGUCCUCAUGGGCUUAACCCCAAGUGGCGCUCUUGAAGCAGUGCUGUGUAUACUUGCCCAGGAUUCUGCCUUCUCUGUUGUCAAUAAAGCCUCCCUCAAGUCUGGGCUGCUCUUGUUGGGGAGGGAAAGGGCAUGCCUCAGGACAGGGAGGGCCAGGUGCCACAGAUCCUAGCCAGGAGACCAGGCAAAGGGCUUGGGGCUGACCCUUGUCACCCAGGUCGAGAGACUUUUACCUUUCUGCCUCAGGCAGCCCAGCCCUGGCAGCCUGUCUGACCAUCUCAGUUUGGGGGCACCUACCAGGCUUAUAGCCCUGCUUCCACUCCCAGCGAUCUGCUGGAAAGCUGGGGCAGUCAGGGCAAGAGGUGGGGACAUCAUAUGCAUUAGUGUACAGGCACCUCGGAGGUAUCGAGGGUUCAGUUCCAGCCCACCACAAUAAAGCAAUUAUCGUGAUAAAGACA